AUGGACGACUCGCAAACAAAUCAACACCUUUCCACCAACUCACAACUCCCGGAUGUCGUGUUGACUUUCGGUGAUGAGAGGGUUGAUGCACACAAGGACAUCCUGCGCUCAAAAUCAGAAGUGUUCGUCGCAGCAUUCUCCGGCAAGUUCGGCGAAGUCAACGAAUAUGCCAUUGAAGGCCAUUCCGACGCUGCAAUCCACGCUAUGAUCCAGCAUAUCUACGGCUUCGCCGCAAUCGUCGCCAAGUGUGAGCUCUUUCUCGGUGUCUAUCUUCUCGCCAACGAAUACGACAUUGUUGGACUCACUGUUGAUGUGACUGAAGCGAUCAUCUAUUGCAUGGAAUACUUGCUGUGUGUCCAGAGAUUCGAGGAACCGUCACCGCGCGCUCUGGACUCUGUCAUAUCGAGCGUAAUCUCGCUCUUUGAAGAGUAUGUCAUAAUAGACGAGACCCUAAUCGAUGCCACAGCCCUUUUCUGCCUUCAAAGGCGUUACAACGUUAUGCAGAAGUGCAGUUGCUCGGCGGCACAGUGCAUCAAACGUCCGACCGAGCUCGGUGCGGGCUACACCAUGCGCUACAAAUACUCAACCACAGAUCCGAGCUUGGAGCUGCUUGUCGAAAAGAUGUCCGUAAUCGAUCUCGAUAUCGACGCUGACGACCUUGGAUUUUUGAAAUCAGGAGCUUGGCAUGGGUUCGAAAGAUAG